CAAACGUUCUUCUUAACAAUACGGGUUCAGUUUGAUAGUGUGUGCGUUUGUGUGCGUGAUUGUAUUUGUGAGUUUGCAAGUUUCUGUAGCAUAUUUUGUGGCGCGCCUCUUCUUGGCCAUAUGGCUGUGAAACAACCAAAGGCCUUGGUGCGUGGCUGUGUCCUACUGGCAGAUUUUCAAUAAGCUGCUCGUCAUGUCGGAGAAAUCAACUAGUGGCCAGGCUGCGGCCAAGCUAAAUGUAUCCGGCAGACGCAGCUCGACACCGCCGUCCAAUAGCAUUGAGAAUCGUUGUAUUAUCGCUGUGAUUGUGUACAUAGCUCUGCUGCUCGACAAUGUGCUGCUGACCGUGAUAGUACCAAUUUUACCCGACUAUUUGGCUAGCCUGGAAAGGCAAUCAGAUGUUGGCUAUCGAUUGGAGGAAGGAACACCUUCGACGCCUCAUCAUCUGUCGUAUCGUAACGAGGAGCAGUCACAAAUCUAUAUGACCAAGCAUCCAAUACCCGGUAAAUCGAUGGUUAAUUUCACGUUGCUACAGCUCCUGACGACGACGACGACGACGACAUCGACAACGUUGCCCACCAAUAUGCUGGCGACCGAUCACUUGAGCGGCACUAAUGCGACCGUCGCCACAAAGGUCGAUAGCCAAACCAAUACAAACAGCGACAACAGUUACAACAAUAGCAACAACAGCCUGGGACUGGCGCGCGAAAAUGGCUCGAUUGGACUGCUGUUGGCCAUGAAAGCGAUGGUUCAAUUGAUUUUCAAUCCCAUUGUUGGCAAUAUGUCAAGCAAGUGUGGCUACAGACUGCCCAUUGUUGUGGGCACCUGCUUCCUUCUGCUUUCGUCACUCGUGUUCGCUAUGGGUGAAUCCUACUGGACGCUAUUGCUGGCUCGGGCCAUACAGGGCGUAGGCUCCGCUUGUAUUGGUGUGUGCGGAAUGAGCCUGGUGGCCCAACACUAUCCGGAGGAGGCACGUCGGUCCAAGGUCAUGGGCAUCAUACUUGGAAGCAUUGCAUUGGGUGUGCUGCUUGGCUAUCCUUUUGGUGGCAUUCUCUACGAUAUGGUUGGCAAAUCGGCACCAUUUAUAAUACUCUCAACGGUCAUAUUUCUCAGUCUGGGUCUACAGCUACUCACCAUGGAUCUGUCCGUGCAGCCAGAAGUCUUAGUAGUGGAACACCAGACCAAAUGGGGCACGCUCCUUGAAUCCAAAAUGAUACUGUCCAUUGUGGUUGCCAUUUGGCUGUCCACAUCCACAAUGGCCAUAUUGGAGCCGUGUUUGCCCAUCUGGUUGAUACAGUACUUGCACCCAAAUAAAUGGCAAUUGGGCACGGUUUUUAUUCCGGACUCUGUGGGCUAUUUUGUGGGCACAAACUUCUUUGGCAGCAUUGCCUAUCGUUAUGGCCAGCUAAAAGUCUCAUGCAUCAGUCUACUUCUAGUUGGAUUUGCCUCCAUAUUGAUUCCCAGCGCCACAACUGUGGCUCAGUUACUGUUGCCCCAUUUUGCCCUGGGCCUGGGCAUUGGUGUAAUUGAUGCAGCUUUGGUGCCACUGUUGGCCAGUUGUGUGGAUGCUACAUUGGCGCAGGAUGAAAACGGCGAAGCUAGCAGCUCAACUUCCAGCUAUGGCACUGUCUAUGCCAUACAGCAGACCUCAGUUAGCCUGGCCUACUGCCUUGCUCCUUUGAUUGGUGGUGAAUUGGCUCAGAGCUUUGGCUUUGCUUGGCUCAUGCGUAUUGUGGGCAUUUUCAACAUGCUUUACGGCCCCAUAUUGGUUUAUCUAUACAACAAAUAUGAUCCAAAGAGGCUGAGGGAGCAUCAAAAUAAUUUGCUUAUGCAAUCCAGUGGACGUGGCUCCCGCUAUAAGCAGCUCUACAACUCCAUGGACUUGGAAUAAACACUGCAUUCAAUCUAAAUCUAAGCAAUAUAUUUCAUACACUAAUCAAAACAUCUUGAAAUAGUAGCAUUGCCAUACCACCUAACUCAUCCCUAAAUGUUUUUUUUAUUUACAUUUACAAAAUUACUUGGCCGUGACUUA